UUUUGUAUUCAUAAAUCUUAAAUUAUUUUAUAUAAAAAAUUUAAAUGUAUACUCGGAGAUACUCGGAAUUAAAAAUUUUUUUUCUCUAAAUUUUACAUGUAAUGUUUCUUAUAAUUUUGAACAAAAUAAGACAAAUAUCACAUAGUCAUCGCAUCAGUCAUCAAGAGUAUUAGUUGCUCUCACGAAUGAAGAAGUAAUAUAGAGUUCCUAAUAUGGCUAGCGAUAAAAAAUCAGGAAAAUCUUCAAAAGGUACGAAGUCUACUACAGAAAUAUUAUCUGAAUUUCAAAUACUUCGUAAUGAACAAAGAGCAAUGGCUAAUAAAUUGUCAGAAAUGGAAAUGGAACUAAAUGAACAUAAGAUUGUUAUAGAUACAUUAAAAAAUAUAGAUCCUAAAAGAAAAUGCUAUAGAAUGACUGGAGGUGUUUUAUGUGAACGUACUGUAGAAGAUGUAAUGCCAGCAUUGAUAACAAAUAAAGAACAGUUAAUUAAAGUCAUAGAUACCUUAAAUGAUCAGUUGACAAAAAAAGGAAUUGAAAUAAAUGAAUUCAAAGAGAAGCAUAAUAUUAGAAUUAGAGGACAACAGGAUAUACAACAACGACAAGGUGAAGAUAAAGAUUCCAAAGAAGCAAAAAGAAGUGCUGUAGUUGUUAAUUCAUUAUUAAAUAAUUAUUCAUAAAGUCAAAAUUUUCUAUCUACAAUAUUUCUUAUGUUUAUAAUUAAAUCAUAUUAAUUUACAUUAUUUAUUGAAUAAGAUGAUAUUUGAAAUGUAUAAAUAUCUAAUUUUUUAAUGGUUAUGUAUUUUAUAUAAAAUACUUAUUGACUUUUAUUUAUAGAUAAAUAGUAUACAACUUCAAAUAUAAUUAGUUUUCCAAA